AUGAACUCUUUUAAAUACUACAAGUUAAUUAAGGUCGAUAUAGAUGAAGUUACAGAAGUUACAGAAGUUAUAGAAGUUAUAAAAGUUAUAAAAGUUAUAAAAGUUAUAGAAGUUAUAGAAGUUAUAAAGGUUACAAAGGUUACAGAAGUUAUAAAGGUUAUAAAGGUUACAGAGGUUAUAAAGGUUACAGAGGUUAUAAAGGUUACAGAGGUUACAGAGGUUACAAAGGUUACAAGGGCUAUAAGAUCAUAUAAGUCACAAAAGUUAUAA